UGCACUAAAAUUACCCAACUGUUUACCUUAACCUCAAAAAUUAUUCUUUAAUGUUUGUUUACAACCAAAAUAGAUGAGUUGAUCGAUAGUAAAAUUUGUAUUAAAAAAAUUUAUAAAAAAUUUAUCAAAAUGUUUUAUCACAUAUCUCUGGAACACGAAAUUUUACUCCACCCUCGUUACUUUGGGCCCCAACUUCUCGAUACAGUUAAGCAAAAAUUGUACACAGAAGUUGAAGGCACGUGUACUGGAAAAUACGGUUUCGUCGUAGCUGUCACGACCAUCGAUAGUAUCGGAGCAGGUAUCAUUCAACCUGGCCAAGGUUUCGUCGUGUACCCAGUUAAAUACAAAGCCAUCGUCUUCAGACCAUUCAAAGGAGAAGUACUAGAUGCUGUCGUGACUCAAGUUAACAAAGUCGGAAUGUUCGCUGAAAUCGGACCUCUGUCGUGUUUUAUUUCCCAUCAUUCCAUCCCAACUGAUAUGCAGUUUUGUCCUAACGUAAGUCCCCCAUGUUAUAAAUCAAAAGAAGAGGACGUAGUCAUUCAAGCUGAUGAUGAAAUACGAUUGAAGAUUGUCGGUACUCGUGUUGAUGCCACAGGAAUUUUUGCUAUAGGAACACUCAUGGACGAUUAUUUAGGACUAAAUUGCCAAUAGUAUCGGGUAUUUAGAAUAAACAGAAAAACAACGGGUACAAUUAUAACAUAUUUAUUAUACUGAAUAAAAUAAUAAGCUAUUAAACAAUAUAUUUUUUUUAAUU